CUUGUGCCGGCUCAUGGAGGACUUGAGUAGCAGCUGAUGGGAGAGAGCACGCCGCAUGUAUGAGCUGCUGAUCGCCGGGAGACUACACACAGUCCUCCUUCCAGUGACAGCCGACUGCCCGACCCUCCAUCAUCACCAUGGGGGAGCAACCCAUCUUCACCACAAGAGCACACGUCUUCCAAAUAGAUCCCAGCACCAAGAAGAACUGGGUCCCUGCAAGCAAACAAGCAGUAACUGUCUCCUACUUCUAUGACAGCACAAGGAACAGCUACCGGAUUAUCAGUGUUGAUGGGACCAAGGUAAUAAUAAAUAGCACAAUCACACCCAACAUGACUUUUACAAAGACAUCACAGAAGUUUGGCCAGUGGGCUGACAGCAGAGCGAACACAGUUUUUGGACUGGGAUUUGGAUCAGAGCAACAGCUUUCUAAAUUUGCUGACAAAUUUCAGGAAGUUAAAGAAGCUGCAAAGUUAGCAAGAGACCGAUCACAAGAAAAAAUGGAGACUUCCAGCAACCACUCUCAGGAGUCGGGUCGGGAAACACCAUCAUCCACUCGAGCGUCUAGUAUAAAUGGAACAGAUGAUGAGAAGGCGUGCCACGGAGGACCCCCUGACUCUGAACUGAAGACUGAGAACGAUAAACUAAAAACCGCCCUUGCACAAAGCACUUCCAACGUGAAGAAGUGGGAAACCGAGCUGGAGACACUGAGAGAGAGUAAUGCGCGGCUGUCCUUGGCUCUUCAGGAGUCCAUUGCUAGUGUAGAACAUUGGAAGAAACAAUUUUUAUCGUGUAAAGAUGAGAAUGACCAACUCAGGAACAAGAUUGGAGACCUUGAAGCUCAAUGUGAUGAAAUAGACAAGGAACGAGAAAGGAAUGAAGAGCUAAGCAAAAGAUUGCAAGAGCUGGAAGCUGAGAUUCAGGACAAAGAAGCUGAACUUGAAGACCUCAGGAAACAAAGUGAAGUGAUCCCACAGCUGAUGAUGGAAUGUGAAUCUGUGACUGAUAAGUUACAGGAUGCUGAGCAGAGUAACCAAGAACUAGAAGAUAAAGUGAGAGCACUGAGAAAAGAAGUUGAGGAGAGCAAACACCGACAAGGUCACCUGAAACUGGAACUUAAACAUUUCCUGAAUUUAUUGGAUGGAAAAAUUGAUGAUUUGCACAAAUUAUGCUGGUUGAGAUUCUCGUGGCAGUGCGAUUUUGUCCUAGUAAAAUCGGUGGCAUGA